CUUAGAUAUGUGCAUUGUUUGAAAAUGGCUGACAGCAUUGCAAAGUUUUCGUUUCUUCCAAUCGCAAAGAGUUUUGCCAGCAUAGAAGGAAAAGAAAACCAAGAAUAUUUCUUAAAAUGGUCAAUGAAAAAUAGUUUGCAGGCUAAAUUGUUCACAUUUGAUCAAUGUUUUCAAGCAUAUGAGAUUAAAAAAUUUGCAUUGGAUUUCUUUAGAGACCCUCAUGUUAUAUCAAAUGUUCAAGUCCCAUCAGACUCAGGGAAGUUUGUAUCUUUAGGUAACAAAGCCAGCAGUGUAGAAGUUCAAAGCAUCCCCUGCACAGUUCUGACCAUGGCAUUUUUUGACAAGCUCUUGGAUGGGGAGAUAGCUCGGGAAUCUGGAGACAUCAAAAAAUGUUAUGACGAAUAUCAGGAAGAAAUUACAAUCAGCGACAACCUGCGCCAGAUGCUGCUGAAUGAAGACUCUGAUGUGUACUGUCAGUUCAAUGAGAAAGAAAGGGAGGAAUUUUUAUUUAUGCUGUUUUCACACGUGUGCAUUGGCGGAAGGCUGUGUCAGUUUGAGGACAACGUUCAGCCGUACCUUGAUGUCACAAAAUCUCUUUAUAAAGACCUUAUUAGUGUUCAGAAGAAUCCAGAGACCAAGGAACUUUCAAUACUUUCUCAAGUUUUCAAGGUCACAUGCUAUGAUGACAAAGGCGGGAGUUACUUCCCCUCUAGCAGACGUCACAGACAAAACUUCGCCUACCUAAUCGUUGACCCACUUAAACGAACUGUCAUUUGCCUCUCGCACACAUUUGGUGGAGGUUUCUAGAAGCUCUGAAUAGCUUUUUUAUCGAAUGUUAAUAAACUUUUGUGAAUUUUC